ACACGCUCGUACGUUUAUGGCGAUACUAUACUAUACGAGAGUGCAUACUAUAGCAUACCAGUACCUACCAUGCACGUGGGAGGAUAAUCUGUCGAGGAACCGUCGCGAGUAUAAUAGUUUAUUAACCGAGCGUUGCGUGGAACGUGGAAGACGCAGGGUGCCCCCUCUCGUAUCCCAUCGAACUUCUUCGAUACAACGGAUCUUUAAUUACGCUGAUAUCACGGUUACCGUAGCCAGCACCAGUACCAAUGCCAACACCGUAAAUCCCGCUGUAAAUGAUCUGGACUGGUUCGCCGAUGUUGCCGAGGAGGAACUCCUGUAUUAUACAGGAGUCGGUAACGACAUGGAUUCUCUGUGGGCUGUUAUAGGGAGUUUCGUUCCGCCGCCACCGAGACCACCAUAUCUUCCCGAAGAAGGUAUUACAACCGACGGACUCACUACGUGCGAUCUCUGUUCCUGGGCAUGGAGAAACGAUAGGCACUCCUUUUCCCUGGAUGGUACUUUAGAGCUUCGAGUUCCCACGGCACACAGUAGGAAUACAUAUCCUUACCCGGACACAGUGAUAACAAAUCAAAGCAAAGAGAACCCAGAAGCACCGGGCGAACUUGGAUGGGUCCUGACUUUAGUGAUAGUUUCACUGGUAUCAGCCGGUAUAGGAGCAGUUGUCAUGGUAACUCUUCUUCACUGUCGAAGAUUAAAAAGCACCGCUGCCAGAGGUACCUGCUGUGGUGUAGGUGUCGAGGAUACGUCCACGCAGGAGUCGGCUAGUCCUGCCGGUGGCGGAGGUGGUGGUGGAGUCUCUGUGAUACCCGAUAGGCCACCACUGGAACUGGAUAAAUUACCACCCUAUCAUGACGUUACACCUAGUCCAGGACAUAACGUAUGGUCCUGGCUUGGGUCACGUCGCGGGGGUGGUACUCCAGGAGUAGUCGCUACACCUUUGUCCCUUCCGCAACAUAGGAGAGCCAUGAAUCUACCCGUUGAGAACCACUAUACCCACAUGCAGACCGACGAAGCUCUCUACGCUGAACUCGACUCGCAAGCAGCCAGCUACGCGAGCGAUCUUCAGCUGCAGAUGAGAGGAAGCUCGACCUACGGUACCACUUCCGGCGGUCAGGACGACGAGUAUCACGAGCUGGAUGCCGCGAGACUGCAUCGUCAUUACGGGGCUGGGAAUAAUGACGGCUCAUUACGGCGGGACGCAUUGCGUACACGACACAGCCAAAGGUUGCAGGAGCCUGAUUACGAGAUGUAUGAAAAUGGACCAACAACCCCAAGGCCGCCCAGUCAGCUCCAACACCAUCAUCAUCAGACGAUCAGAACUGGAAGCGGUGCCAGUGAGCAUCCAUCCUAUCAGAACACAGCAUACACAGGAAGUGACGCUGAACCGGAUGGUCCCACGCUUAGCAGUGCCCCAAGUAGUGCUUACUAUAGCGACUUGAGUUCGAAUUCUGCAAAUCAGCAACUGCCACCUUCGGCAUCCGCCACCAGUCUUCAGCCUAAUCCUCAGAAUCUGGAGACCCCGCAGUACAGGCUGGCAGCGAUAAACGAGAGUUCGGUGCCGUCCGAUUACAUCUAGAACUUUUAUAAAACGACCGGCGUGCUCGAUUAUAUUCUCUAAAGCUCAAAGGACUGUUAGAUUAUAAAAUCGGCGGUAGGUGAAUUUCUCGUAUCAUCGGCGUCCAGCUACAAUUGUGAUCCAAUCACUUUGAGUGAGGCCGCCCUUGUUUUUUCGAUCUUUGAUCGCGGUAACGAACUGCUCAACGACUCGGAACGCCUGUCGUGGGCUCGCCCUAGUUCGUGCCCAAGUAAAACCGGGUAAAAAGAAGACCCGUUGGUGAGGAGCACGUCUGCGGAAGUGACGAGUCUCAUGCCGAUCAGAGUCAGUGAACCGGUCGCCACGCAGUGUCCCUGCCCAAGAAAAGUGUGAUCGGAUGUAUCGUGUGCAUCGGCAAGCGCAGGAGCGAAGACUCGUGGUAAACAAAAAUCAAGACUCAAGAACAAGACUAUUUAUUCUGCGAGAAUAUAAUGUACAGAGGGAUCUGCAGUAAUCAGUUUAUCUAGCUGCGAACAAACCUAAUAGACACGUAAUACACGGUGCGAUGCCAAUCGGUUGUAACGAUUGCGAUAACGGGGCCGUCCUAACCGCACGCCCCCGCGCGAGUACAAAACAAUCGAGUUACCCGCUAUACUUUUGUAAUCUCUGAUCUAAUCGGAAAUCUCUCUUGGGGCUCGGUCGGAGGGCCGGCGCAUACGGAGCGUAAUAUAUUGCCUCGUCCAUGUAGAAAAGGUUCGGGCGUUUGCGCUCGCGCGCGCGCAGCCCCUCGCCUACGGUCGCAGAGUCGGAUAUACGUGGCACAGGGGCCAAGUGAUGUGUGCGACGUUGGAUUAAGUUAUUUUCGUCGAACAGGUGUCUCAUAAUUCGACGUUCGAGUUUCACGCCGGCAUCGACUGCAUCCGGCGGGAUGGACUGUGCCUCUGCACCACUCGGACUGGCUCCCUCAUUCUGCGUUAAAAACGGCAGGUUUACGUUUCCAUUGUUAAGUGGGAAUCGAGGUCGGAAUGGAGGAGAUAAAAAGAGAGAGAGAGAGAGAGAGAGAGAGAGAGAGAGAGAGAGAAACAGCAUUUCGCCAGCCGGCACGCACACUGCUUCAUUUCCCGUUCCGAUUCCACCGAGCGUUUUACUCGUCUUAAUUGCCUCUCAGCUCCGUCGGCAAUUGUCCUCGUGCUCGACGUGGAGAAGACGUUUUCAUGCGUUCUCGGCAAGACUCUCUCGCCUACCCUGAGGCCAUCUCCAGCGACCACCUACACGUAUUUACACGCGGUCCACUCUCCAGGCGACGUAAGUCGUCCUGAGAAGAGAGUACAUGCGAGUAAGCGAGUAUACCUAUAUAUAUAUAUAUAUACACGCCAUGUGCUCGCAAAUAUAUGCGCGUAUACCCAUAUACUUACGAGCACUUUAAUUUAUUAGGGACGCGUACGCGAGCCCCAAGAAAUUCACUCCGCGAUGCACGUUGAGUGCAGCAACAGAUGCAACAAUGCGGCUGCUCGCGGGCACGCAAUAAUUAAUUGCAUCCUCGCGGCCACAAUGCCGGCUCGGCCGCGUUCGAAGCGCAUUAUUUCCUCGCCAAAAGAAAGAAAAAUCUUGGCCCUUCUUAUCGGCCGUGUUACGCGAGAGCGAGAGUGCGCCGAGGGUACGUGAAACUGGGUACGUAGUAUAUCGGACGACCCGAGCGAGCCCCGUUAAUUGGAGGCAACCACUCCUUCGCCUCUUGCGGAGGCCUCCCUUAAGGACCAUCUCCAUAGGUCGCGUUAUACAGGUAGCCAAGAAAACAUCCCGUAGUCUUUCUCGACAAUGCUCGUGGGAAUUAUACCGAUGGCUCUGGAUAUAGUCUGGCUAUGGCGCACCAUACCGCAAAGACCUAGAGUUGGAAGUAGGAUGUGGCCGGGUAUACGAAGGACGGUCAGGCCCGCCCCGACUGGCACUACGUUCCUGCCGGGGCAUAUAAAUUAUACAUGUAAAUAUACG